AUGAAUUUUAAUGAAAUGUUGAAAAAACUUUUAAAGGCAAAACAAACAAAAUGCAAGCCUAAUCAUAUUUAUGGCGAUACUGUUGAACCAACUACAGAUGAUUCCAUGACAUCGUCUCAUUAUUGUUUUGGUUUAAAAACAAAAUCACAUGAGAUUCAUGAAGGAAAAAGUAAGUCACUAUGUAAAAAUCCAGUUGGUUCAUCAACAUCUAUAUCUAUGCCAAUUGCAUGGCCUAAAAGAGUUGGAUCACGGAAAAAAUCAAAUACAAGCACAGAAUUUGAAGAAAAAUCCGAAUGUGGAACUAAAAAACAAUCAUUAACAGAUGUAGCUAACAACGAUAAAUACAAAAAAGAAACAGAUACACAAAAACAACGCUUUUGGCGUUUCUUCAGGAUUGGGUUUACAAACAAAUCAAAAAAGCAAAAGGCAGACUUACUUAGUAAUGAAAUAUCCCCAUUUGAUGCACUAAGAAAUGUUUCAGAUAAACACUCACAUUUCGUCAAGUAUCUUGCUUUAGAAGGUUCAGUCGAUCAAAGCUUAACCUACCUUCCAUCAACGGUCAAAAUGAGUUUGCAAUGGCCUGAACAAGAAAAAUCAGAUAUAUUUGAUUCCAAUGAAACGAAAAAUUCAACAGUGUGUUCGAAGGAAUGCGACAAUCCUGAAGAAAGUAGCUACAAGAAUGACAUAUCUACUAAUGUGAUGGUUCGACCACCUAAAUGUGGGCAGAGAAGUUCUAGUGUUACACCAUCAGAUAGGUUUUCAGAAACAUCCAGUGACAGAAACAUAGAGUCUUCUUCAACAUGCGAAAAAGUAUAUCCAUCAACUCCUGUUGCCUCAAAAUCUACCGUACUUCUCCGUCGCCCAAGAACUCCCACGUUAGGAAGAGCUGCUUUAUUUGUUCGUGCAUCAUAUAUGGGUGUGGAUAAGUCAGGAACAUCAACUAGUUUAUCAUUUUCCAAACAAAAUACAAAACGAGAUACUGUGUUAUCAAAUGAUUCUCAUUUCAGUGACUUUCCGAAUUUAUCCAGUGUACAAUCAGGUUUUAUUAGUCGUAGUUCAAGUUUAAACUCUGAACUCAGGGAAUUCAAUCAAAAUACACAGCAAAGUUUUCAUCGAUCAUCUGUUAAAAACAACUCAUCACAAACUAAUUUACAACCAUUCAAUUUGAAUGGACGUCAAUAUGAAACAAAAAUUCCAAAAGCUACAUCGACUAGGCAUAAUUGUCAUGCUUAUGAUACUGUUCCGUUGGAUAAACUUGAAUGUCUGAAAUUAAUUCCUUCAGUACAAAUGUUGAGUAAAAGUUCUGAAGUAAAUUCAGAAUUAUCAAAUUUAACAUUAAUCAAAUCAUCUGAUUAUGUACCAACUACAAUUUCUUUUUUAUAUGGAGACCAAAAACAAGAACUACAUACUAGUGAAUAUAACACUGAAAAAAAUCAAACUCAAGUGAUAGAAAAUAAUAUUUUGAAAGAUACAAGAAAUUCUGUUGAUAUGUUGGUUACAUCAUCUUCAGAAACUGAAGUAUCAGUUCUGAAUCACAAACACACAAAAAAAUGUGAAUCUAACCGUACUUCGGAAAUAUCUAAUCUCCAGCUUAAUCUACAAUCCUUUUCAAAAAAUCGUAACAUUAGUUCAAAUUCUCGUAAAUCACUUGAAAUCCCGAAAGCUUCAGUGAAACCUAUAAGACAGAGACCUAUCAAGACUAUCAUUGGAACAGAAUUACCAACUUCACCAAGAUCUCGUAGUUCACAAAAAUCAAAUCAUCCAUUUUAUUCAAAACCAAAUAAAAAUUUAACGAAAAAAUUCUGUGAAUCAAUUAGCAACGUUGAAACCAAUAUCGAAAUACCGUUUCCUAACAAUAACUCAGUAUAUAACGAACAGUUUCAAAAUGAAAAAUCGAUCAAUCAUUCAGUUAACAUUGGAUCAUUUGUUUUGAAAGCAUUAAAGAUAUUUAUGAACAUCGAAGCAUUUCUACGAUUGCUGAAUGCAGUUAAUAGUUACUAUCAAUCGGAUGUAAUAAUACAAAAUUAA